CCCCACCCACACCCACACCCACACACCCACCCACACCCACCCACACCCACACCCACACCCACACCCCACACUCACCCACACCCGAAGAAUAGCAUAAUUAAAAUAAUUUAUGUGUUUCUUAAAGACCAUUGAAAAAUUUUUGAUUUGGAACAAAUGAAAGAAAAAUCUUCAUAUUACUUUGAUAAUCUAUCUUCAUCAAUAAUUCAAAAAGUAUAGAUUUUAAAAUUAAAUUAUUCAUAUUUGUAUUGUUAAUAUUCAGAAAAUAGAAUAUAAAUUAUAGUUUUAUUUCUAUAUUUCAGCUACAUUAAUUAAUGAAAAUACAAAUUUACGUAAGAAAAAAAUCUCAAUGUUCGACAAGGAAGUAGAUGAAAAUCUUAAUGAAAGUCAAUAAACCAUUAUUAAUGCUGAUUCAUUAGCACGAGAAAAUAAUGUAAGAUAUUCGAAAUAUCCUAUUUUAUUCAAAAAUUGUUUUGUUUAGAAUGAAAAAUUAGGAACAAUAAGACAAAAUUCAAAUGAUUCUGACAUCAAAUUAGAAUCAUCUGUUGAUAAUUAUCAAUAAUUAACAACUUUAGAUAGAUCAAAACGAAAUCAAAUGGAAAAAUCAGCUACUUGGUUGGUGGAGUAGAUAUUAUGCAUCAAAAGCAAAACUUGUAUAUUCAGAUUUUUAUGCUUCUCAAAUCUUUAUAAAUUCUCGUUUUCAUUUUCAUAGAGAUUAGAAAAAAAAAUCAAAGCCGCUUUAGAUGAAGGACUUCAACUUAAUUAUAAUGUUUAUGCUGAUUUUUUUGAAGAUGAAUCAAAAGCUCUUGCUAAACAACGUUGGACAUUCUUAAAUAAAGCUAAGAAAGCUUUUAUGGGUCUUGGAAAAUUUCGUAAAAAAAUCGAACGUUUCGCUGUUCAUGAAUUUGGAGCUCAUUUUAGAAUAAUUGAAACUGAAUUAGAAAAUAUUUCUGAUUAUGAAGGAUUUAAUGAGUGUCUUGAUAAAUUUCCUUUAUAUAAAGGAAAAGGUACAAAUCGUUCAGAUGAAAAAGGAGAUGAAAAUCGUGUUUAUGCUAAAUUUAAGAGAAAAAUUCAUAUUCGUGAAAUAACAUCAUCUGAACGUUCUAAAACUUCAGAGAGUAUUAAUAGAAUGUCUAUUAAUCCGGUUUUAGUCAAUAAUCCAAUGGAAAGUUCCGAUACAAAGCAAAGACUAGCUUCAACUAUUUAUUUAAAUCAAGAAAUGCUUCAAUUUGAUUUGAAUCAAUAUCCAAUUACACUUAAAUGUCGAUUGUCUGAUCCAUACAUUAAAAUAUUAUUGAAUCGAGAUCUCAUUAUUGAUGAUACUAAAGAAAGACUCUAUAAUACAUUAGAACCAGUUUUUGGAAAAUCUUAUGAAUUUGAAGUUACAAUUCCUCAACAAUCAUUAUUACUUAUUCAAAUUUGGGAUUGGGAUCUAACAAGUUUAGAUGACAGAAAAGCUGAAACAAUUAUUGAUAUUGAACAAUCGUUCGUUUUCAUGUCAUAG